CUGAGUGCUGGAGGAAGGGAGGGAGGGAGGAAGAGAGAGGAUCAGGGUCAGAUGAAUUGUAGUCUGAGUGACGGAGGAUGUGCAAAUGAAGAGGUGAACGUUUGUGAGAGAGAGGACGAAGAAACAGGGAGGGUUAGAAGAGGGCUGUGUCUGUGAGAGAGAGAGAGAGACAGGAGGAGGACAGGGACAUAAAGAGAGGAAGGAAAAAGAGGGGCAGGAGGAGGCAAAAGAGAGAGAGAGAGAGAGAGAGAGAGGAGGGGAAAAAAGGACAAGACAGGACAAGAGGAUCCACGCUUGGAGGGAAGAUGGCUGAGCCAGAGCUGAAAUCGAGGAGCAGCCGGGAGAGCGUUGCCAAGGCGGCGAGCCAGGAGAAGAUGGGAGCGACUGAAGCAGAACCAGACCAAGACGGUCAAAUCGUGGAGCAUCCGGCGUCUCUAUCCGCCCACAUCGUCCCUGCUCCCGCUGCCACCAGCCCCACCGACAGCCAGCCCGACAAGGGGGAGAAGAUCGAGCUGAAACGCAGCAUCACCCUCUUCAACGGCGUGGGGAUGAUCAUCGGCACCAUCAUCGGCUCGGGCAUCUUCAUCAGCCCGACCGGCGUGGUGAAGGAGACGGGUUCGGCCGGGCUCUCGCUCAUCGUCUGGUCGGCCUGCGGCGUGGUGUCCACCAUGGGCGCCCUCUGCUACGCCGAGCUGGGCACCACCAUCACCAAGUCCGGGGGAGACUACACCUACAUCCUGGAGGUGUACGGCGAGCUGGCGGCCUUCCUGAAGCUGUGGGUGGAGAUGCUCAUCAUUCGGCCUUCCUCUCAGUACGUGGUGUCGCUGGUGUUCGCCACCUACCUGCUCAAACCUCUCUACCCCAGCUGCAGCGUGCCCGAAAGCGCCGUCAAGCUCAUCGCCUGCUUGUGUCUUACCUCUCUGACGUUUGUAAACUGCAUCAGCGUCCGGGCGGCCACCAAGGUCCAGGAUCUGUUCACAGCUUCCAAACUGCUCGCUCUGGUCAUCAUCAUCCUCUUUGGCUUCAUUCAGAUCUUCACAGGUGAUGUGCCCUAUCUGACACCAGAAAAGGCGUUUGAAGGCAGUAAAAUGGGAGUGGACAACAUCGUCUUGGCUCUGUACAGCGGUCUCUUUGCUUUCGGAGGCUGGAACUACCUGAAUUAUGUAACUGAGGAGAUGAUCAAUCCAGAGAGGAACCUGCCCUUGUCCAUCAUCAUUUCCAUGCCGAUAGUGACGAUCGUGUACGUUCUGACCAACCUGGCCUACUUCACCACCAUCCCUCCUGAGGUCAUGGUGGGGUCCGAGGCCGUUGCCGUGAGUUUCGGCGAGUACCAUCUGGGUGUGAUGUCCUGGCUGAUUCCCGUCUUCGUGGGACUGUCCUGCUUCGGAGCCGUCAACGGGUCUCUGUUCACUUCAGCUCGGUUGUUCUAUGCUGGAGCUCGAGAAGGUCAGCUCCCUGCUGCUCUGGGAUUAGUCCACACCGACCUGUUCACACCGGUGCCGUCCCUCGUUUUCACAUGUUUCCUGUCCAUGAUGUACGCCAUCUCUCAGGACAUCUUCUCCGUCAUCAACCUCUUCAGCUUCUUCACCUGGCUGUGUGUUGGCAUGGCCAUCGCCGGCAUGCUCUGGCUGCGCAUCACCAAACCUGACCUCAGGAGACCCAUUAAGGUGUAUCUGUUCAUCCCCAUCAUCUUCGUGUUGGGCUGCGUCUUCAUGAUCGUCGUGUCCUUCUGGGCGGCUCCGUUCGAGUGCCUGAUCGGCUGCAGCAUCAUUCUCACAGGAAUCCCAGCGUACCUCCUGGGCUACAAGUGGAAGAAACCUCAUGUGGUCAAGAAGAUGCUGGAAAUCUUCACCAUGUUCUGUCAGAAGAUCUUCAUGUCUGUUCCUGAGGAGAGGGGGCAGCAUGCGGCGGCGGAAUAACGCCGGAAAAUAAAGCAGACAAGACGAGAGACUGAGUCGAUUUGUUGGUCUGAACAUUCUUGUAAUGUUUACAUUCAUUCACUUGUGAAUUGGCUAUUAUUAUGUAUUUUUUAAACCCUUUAUCUAAGCAGGCUGGUAACUGUGGGGGGGAAAUGAAAUCAUUCACUAAAGUGGCCUGGAAAGCUUGGUUAAAGGAGGGUUUCUGUGAACUCAUGGCACAUUUUAUGAACACUACAAAUUGUUUAAAUGUCAAAAAAAGUCUAAUCUUAGUCAAGAUUUGACAUUUAGACGCUUUCCACAGCUUUCAUCUGACAAUUAUACCUCCUUUAAUGAUGAAACGUGUUUAAAUGUUGCAUCUCGGUCGAUGGAGAGUCACGCUUUGAUUUGUUUUUCUUUCAGAUAUACCGCAAACACAAAACCAGAAGCUGCUCACGGUUUUCUCUAGUGGCCUGAAACACUGACGUUUACUGUUCCCCUCAAGUGUACAAAUGAGUAGUUUAGGGAGAGAAGGAAAAGCUUUAGAGUUGUUUUUCUACACUUGAUUAAACUAACAAUGAAACUAAACAUAGAUUACAAGAGUUUAGGGUUCUAAAGAAUGUGAAAUCUAAUAAUCUUUCAGUUAAAACUGAGGAUUUUGACUAAUCUGUAGCGAAUAAAGGCCUCAGACAGGAACAACGAGGUCACAUUUGGUCGUUUAACACUAGCACUGAUUACAGUAUACUCCUACUAACACAUUUGCCGAUUUCCAUAUUGGUAUUUUUUUGUAUUCAUUUCUACAAUAAAUCUGCAGCACUGUCUUGAAGCACAAACUAAAGCGACAUAAAACAGCGUUUGUAAUGUUUUCCUACGACGUGUUUGCUGUGAAGCAGGUCUGUCUCUUGUAUCAUUUCUCUCCGAUAUUAAACCCUGUCAGCUGCUGACGUCAGGAUACUUGAUGAAAUGAUGACAGAAACCAGCACCUCUGUCUGUGAGGCUUUACUCUGGGGAGCCGGGGAUCUGUGUACAUAUCACUGUAGUGGCUGAAUCCAGUGUUAGUGUUUGUACUGAAUGUACCUGUGCUGAUAUUCCUUCAUUUUCUCUUGUUUUAUUGUCACUAUAAGACCAAAAUGAAUGUUGCAACUUUAGAUACACAGGCUUUGCUUUUAAUUUCAUCGGAAAUGCAGAAGUCUUGACUUUCAGACUGAGAAUCUGAUGUUUUCCCGAAGUUAUUCUAAGCACUAGUCCACUCCAGAGCAACAGAAAAGCCGCCCUCUCUCUCGGCGGAAAGCGAAGGAGAGUGAAAGUUGUGUGGGCUGGGAAAGGAUUCUGGAUUUUGCACAGCAUUGGGGGGGGACAGAAACCAUUCAUCUGUGCAUCGUCAGCCUCGACUCAUUCUGCCGACAGUCCGGCUUUUACAGGACGCUGUCAGAGCCGCUGGAAAUACUGAAACUGAGCAGUAAUACAGAUGAGCUGAAGGCACAACAACAGUCAAUAAGUCACGUUCCUCCAGUGUUACUGAAACUUUCACAUUGUCAGGAGAACAAGGGAAAGCCUGAGAGAGAAAAAAUGUGUUUAUUCUCCAUGGAGCAACAUCAUUUUUGGCACGAGAGAUGAAAUUUGCUGUCUUUUCUGAGAGAAUCUAAAUAAAAAGGGGGAGAUUUAAAAGAUUACAUGUGCGUUUGUAAUCGGCGCUCACAGGAUUUAAGAGGAAAGAAGCUAAUCUGAAAGUUUACUGCAAGUUUCUCAACGGAAUGCACCUUUUCCACUCAGCAGGCAGACCGCUAGAAGCACAACAAUACAUAUAAAUCAACAUUAAGUAUGUCUUUUUUUGAGAAAUUUGACUCAAUAAAAACAGAGAGCACACUUUUCCCCAUAGGCCUCACCAUUUACUUUAGGUUACACACAACAUGCCGUGUCUGUGUCUGUGUAUAGAGUCUCUAUAUAUAAAUCAGUAAUGCCUUUAGUGGUGUUUGCCCAAUGAAAUGUUAUCAACUCAAAGGAAAAUUAGUAUUUUUAAUCCUAAAGUUGAGAGUAUCUAUUGUAACCGUUGCAUCUCGGUGUCCAUGGCAGGUUCAUGUAACAAUAAACAUAUUUUGUUCAAA